AUGUCUCCUCGUCUGCUGAUCUUGGUGCUGCAGCUCCUGCUCCUGCCCUCCAUUUUGGCGCAAGAACGUAAAAAGGGAAAGGAGAAGAAUAAAGAGCCCUCGCAGGACGUCAAGAUGGAGUGCGACAAUGCUACCAUUGGCGGCGCCCCGACGGACAUCACCGCCGUGCCCUGGCAGGCUGCCAUCACUGUGCGCGAUCGGGACAAGUGCGUUGGUGCCAUCUACUCGAUGAACUACAUCCUUACGGCAGCCAAGUGCGUCAACGGGUACAAGGUGGAGGCCAUAAAGGUCCAAGUAGGCACCACCAGUCGCAACGCCAAUGGAACCGUUGUCUCCGUCUGUGACGUCAUAAUUCACACCGACUUCCAUCCAAAACACAUCGAGAACAACCUGGCGCUGCUGAAGCUCUGCAAUCCCCUCCAGACCUCAGACAAGAUCAAGGAGAUCCCGGUGGCCAAGCACGUACCCGCCGAUCAGGCCGUGGUGACCGCCUCCGGUUGGGCAUCCGUACGGUGGAUGAAGCUCCUAGGCGAAGCAUGUCUGCCGGAACUCGCCCUCGAGCUGCAUAAAUCCGAGGUGCGAGUCUACAACACCAAUAAGUGUACGGAGGUCUGGAAGCGGUGGUACAAGGUCGACAACAAUCGCUUCAAGGAUCUAGUCAUGUGCACCGGGAAGGCCGGGAAGGGAGCCUGCUCCUUCGACAUGGGAGCCCCCCUCGUCUUCUCGAACCAGCUCGUGGGCAUCCUCAGUCGGUGUAGCUGCUCCGAACGCCCCGAUAUCUACUCCAGGUUGCCCACCCACAUCAAGUGGCUGGAGGACAAUAGUAAAAAAUAG